AAAAUUCUCACGUAGAGAUAACUAUGGCACGAAAAAUAUCGAUAAAGCCUCAAGUCAUAAUUCGUACGCAUAUAUAUCGGUGGUCGCGUUAAAAAAUUUGAGAUUUAUAGUGGCGAAUUUUUUUCAAAAGUAAUACUGCUUCUCGUUGAGGUAUGCGCGACUAACAGUCAUCAAUGAAGCAAUAAAUCUUUGGGAAAAAACGGAGCAUGGAAUGGACGGAUCAUGCCCACUCCUCUUUCCCAGCUUCAGAGAGCAGAGUGGCUCUGAGCGGGGAGGAGGCUACUCAUCGCAGAAGGUCGGCGUAUACCGUCCGAGUUCGGAUGCCAUCGACUUGGGUUAUCACACCCUCGACAACAAUGCUUGCCGCACCACAUCGUCAUCGUCCUCGUCGACUCCGGUGGUAUCGAGCGUGCCCGCCCGUCAACAACAACAACAGCAGCCAUCACAACCCAAACACCUGAUACAUCAUUCCGUAGUUAGCGACUUUUGCCAGCUUGAUGAUAAUCUGCUGCUGAAGAUUUUCAGCUGGCUUGAUACCCGUGAUCGCUGCGCUUUGGCGCAGACAUGUCGACGUCUUUGGGAGAUCGCGUGGCAUCCGACGCUCUGGCGGGAGGUCGAGGUGUGUUAUCCGCAAAACGCUACUAUGGCACUGAACGCGCUAACGCGUCGCGGCUGUCACACCUGUAUCCGUCGUUUGGUCCUGGAAGGCGCCACAGGUUUGGCUGGCAUCUUCAUCCAAUUACCAUAUCUCAAUUUAACUUCCCUGGUGUUGCGACACUCGCGACGCGUCACCGAUGCCAACGUCACCACCGUACUGGACAGUUGCACCCAUCUUAGGGAGCUCGAUCUGACCGGUUGUUCCAAUGUUACACGAGCCUGUGGUCGUACGACCACCUUGCAACUGCAGUCGCUCGACCUCAGCGAUUGCCACGGUAUCGAGGACUCUGGUCUGGUGCUGAGUUUGUCGCGCAUGCCGCAUCUCGGAUGUCUUUAUCUACGUAGAUGCACCCGCAUCACCGAUGCCAGUCUGGUAGCCAUCGCUUCUUACUGCGGCAGUUUGCGCCAGCUGUCAGUGUCGGACUGCGUGAAGGUGACAGAUUUUGGAGUGCGCGAACUGGCGGCACGUCUGGGCCCGUCGCUCCGUUACUUUUCUGUGGGCAAAUGCGACCGCGUGUCCGAUGCUGGUUUGCUAGUCGUUGCCCGUCACUGCUAUAAGCUGCGUUAUUUGAAUGCUCGCGGUUGCGAGGCGCUCAGUGACAGUGCGACCAUCGCCUUGGCACGCGGUUGUCCGCGUAUGCGUGCCCUAGACAUCGGUAAAUGCGACAUCGGCGACGCGACUCUCGAAGCACUCUCCACCGGAUGUCCCAAUCUGAAGAAACUGUCCCUGUGCGGGUGUGAGAGAGUCACAGAUGCUGGUCUCGAGGCGCUGGCUUAUUAUGUGCGUGGUCUGCGACAGCUCAACAUUGGCGAGUGCCCCAUGGUUACGUGGAUCGGCUACCGAGCGGUCAAACGUUAUUGUCGACGUUGCAUCAUUGAGCAUACUAACCCUGGGUUCUCCAGUUGAUCUAACCCAGCUUUUAUAGUGUCGCCUUAUAUCGAAGUAGUGGUGUAAAGAGGAAUUCUCGAGAGAAUGUUCUGAAAAAGAGAAUAUUCUUGGAGAAUUAUAUGGAUAAAAGAGCAGAGAUAUAUUCUGAGAGAAUAUCAAAAAUAAGAAUAUAUAUUGAGAAUAUUUUGUAAGAAUAUUUCUUACAAAAAUAUCAAAAUAUCUGAGAAUAUACUAAGAAUAGCAUCUAAAAAUGAGGACAUUCUCAGAAUAUUCAAUCAUCUCGCAUCACCAGUUCCAAGUGCCAGAGUGUAAUAUAAGAGAAGUUUAUAGAAAAUUGUAAUCCAAUUUUUUAAAUUCAAGUUUAUGCGACAAUAAAUGUUAUAUCUUUUGAUACUAUAUUAUAAUAAGAAAAGAAUGUAGGAAUUGUCAAUUUGAGACUUUAAUAAUUUGUAUCGUCUACAAUUUAUUUAUUAACAUAUACAAAUAUCAUUUUAUAGACAUUGCUCGCAAGUAUAUUAAUUUGUAAAAAGAUUAUUUGUGUUUCACGAGAACAUUGGUUGUAAAAAUAUAUACAUAUAUUUUGCUUCAAAAGAGUCAUGUCUGCUAUUUAUUGUGUUUGUAAUUUAAUGCAUUGCAUAAAGAUAAUAAAAUCAUUGGUGUUCUUUAUAUAAUUAAAUUUUCUCUAAUUUAUUGUAAUUACAGGAUAAGAUAUUGACUAUACUCAUUUUUUUUAACAUCAUUAAAAUAUGUAAAUUAAUUGCAUGCUUUUUACGCAAUAUGUAUAGAAAUGUAUGUAAAGAAAAUGUAUGCACACAGACAAGGAAAAUAUAAAUCUCAUUAAACCCAA